AUGAAUAAACUGCAGCCAGGCUCAAUACCUAAGAUCAAGCGCUCCAUGCAGAACUGGCACCAGCUAGAAAACUUCUCCAAUGUCAUCAAGGCCAUGGUGAGCUACGGCAUGAAUCCUGUCGACCUGUUUGAGGCUAACGACCUGUUUGAAAGUGGGAACUUGACUCGGGUGCAGGCAUCUCUUCUUGCCCUGGCUGGGAAGGCCAAGACAGAGGGGCUCCAGCGUGGUGUGGACAUUGGCGUCAAAUACUCAGAGAAGCAGGAACAAAACUUUGAUGAUGCCACCAUGAAGGCGGGCCAGUGCGUCAUUGGGCUCCAGAUGGGCACCAACAAAUGUGCCAGCCAGUCCGGCAUGACAGCUUAUGGCACCAGACGGCAUCUGCACGACCCCAAAAACCACAUCCUGCCCACCAUGGGCCACUCGACCAUCAGCUGCCAGGUGGGCAUGACGGCUCCAGGGACCCGGCGGCACAUUUACAACACAAAGCUGGGGACAGGCAAAUGCGAUAAUUCCUCCAUGUCCCUGCAGGUGGGCUACACACGGGGUGCCCACCAGAGCGGUCAGGUGUUUGGCCUGGGCCGGCAGAUAUACGACCCCAAGUGCUGCCCUCAAGGCCAGUGGCCGAUGGGGCUCCGGCAGCUGCUGGAGAUGGUCCAGGACCAGGGGAACCCUCAGAGUGCCCUCCCUACUACCAGGAGGAGGCAGGCUACUGA